GUUACUCAAUCAAAAAUGAUCUUGACAAACAUGCUUUGAAACACACCAGAGAGAGACCAUUUCAUUGUCACGUUUGUGAAAAAAGCUUUACGUCCUCACUUUUGUUAAAACGUCACAUCUUGAAUUUGCAUUCGGAUUCAGGUGAAAAGCCUUUCAAGUGUAAAAACUGUUCAAAAAGCUUUCUGUGGUCUUCCAAAUUAAAAGUUCAUGAACGAAUACAUACUGGGGAACGACCAUUACAGUGUAAAGUUUGUGGUAAAUGCUUUAAUAAUUUAGGUUCUUUUGGCAUUCACCAGUUGACUCAUUCUGGAAAAAAAACCUAUAAAUGUAGAAACUGUUUUAAAUGCUUUUUAAGAUCUGAUGAUUUAAGAAAGCAUGAAACGAUCCAUACAGACCUACGACCAUAUGAGUGCAAAUUUUGUAUGAAAAGUUUUAGAUUGUAUUGUACUUACACACAACACAAAAGAAUACAUGGUAUAGAUAAUAAAUUUAAGUGUAAGUUUUGUGGGAAAUAUUCACAAACAUUGCAAGAUUUGAGAAACCAUGAAAUGAUCCAUACUGGUGAGAAGCCAUUUAAAUGCAAAAUUUGUUUAAAAAAAUUUAGAGUAUCUGGAACUUUGAAAUGCCAUAUGCUUUUACAUACUGGAAAACCCUUUAAAUGUAAAGUUUGUGGUAAAGGCUUUCAAACGGCUCAUGCUUUAAAGGCACAUGAAGCUGCUAAACAUACUGGAAGUAAGCCUUUUGAAUGUGAUGUUUGUGGAAAAUGCUAUGUUGAUCGUUACAGCUUGAAACAUCAUAAAGUUACACAUACUGAAGACAAGCCAUUUAAAUGUAAAGAGUGUGAAAAAUGCUUCUUUUUCUCAAGAGCUUUGAAGGAGCAUUCAAAAGUACACAGCUUGGAGAAGCCUUUCAAAUGUGCGGUUUGUCAAAGGGGUUUCAUACGACAACACUCUUUAGAAAUUCAUAAAAGUACUCACCAUGAGGGCAAACGUUUUAAUUGCAAGCUGUGUAAGAGUUCUUUCCUUUACUCAAAGUCUUUAAAAAUGCAUGAAAUAACAUGUGAAAGGAAAACAAGAGGCUUUAAGUGUCACAUUUGUGAUCAAUCAUUUCGGAAAUUUAGUGCCUUAAAAUCACACAGACUAUCGCAUAGUAAUGAAAAUGUGUACAAUUGUAAAAUAUGUGAUAAGGUGUGUGAAACCCCUGGUGAUUAUGAAACCCAUCAAUCUUUUCAUUUAAAAGAGAACAAAUUUAGAUGCAAAUUCUGCAUGAGGUAUUUCAAUGACUGUGAUGCAUUAAGAUUGCAUGAAAUGUUCCAUACUGGAGCAACACCAUUCAUAUGUAAACAAUGUCAAAUGGGUUUUGAAACUAGAAUUGAAUUGAGGAAACAUGAGAUACUUCACUCUGCCAAACAGGAACUGACUAAACUUGAUAAGGAAUUCAAAUGCAAAGUUUGUUCAUUGACUUUUAUGCAGGCUUCUACAUUAAGAAUCCACGAAAUGACACAUUCUGAAGAAAAAACAAUCAAAUGCUCAAUAUGUGAUAAGAAAUUCUCCAGACCAUUUGACUUAAAGAUUCAUGAAAGGGUCCAUAAGUAACUGAGAUCAUUGUGUUUAUCAUUAUGUUAUCAAUAUGCUUGAAUGUAUUAAAAAACUGUAUGUAUAAAAAAUAAAAACCAGAAUACAAAUAGUGACAAUUUUUGUGCAUUCAUAUACUAGUACGCAAUACAUUUUAAAAAUUAACUGAAAUAAUAAAUCAUGUUGCUUUAUGAUUGUAACUCAAAAAUAAAUUCAUUUGGAGAAGUAUACAGUAUGUUCAAUACAGAAUUUAAGCCAUGGACUCUAUGCAUUGUUGACUGAAUCACAAAUAUAAUAGAAGAUUAAAGUGAAAGUUAACAGCAUACUGAGUAUACCACAUAUAGUAUCCUGAUUUAUUGCCAGUUUGUAAUUUCAUUAAAAUGCAUAAAAUUUGUAUAACACUCCUG